CGUUUUCCGGCGAAAGGAUAGAAUACUUCAACUUCUUAUUUACGUAUGAGCAAGAAAGUAAAAAGUACAGAAAUUUACAAAGUUGUUAGUCAUCUUUUAAUUGUAUCUUUAGAGAUUCAAGUCAAAUACAAGCGGAAGUGCAAAGUCUCCGUGCUUUUCCUUUGCGGAACCAUUCGGAUCGGAAUCGUUCAGGCAGUGCCAUUUGUUUCUCUUUGGGUUGGUUGUCGGCUCUUCCGGGGCAAAUCCACGAUGGGUCGUGUGAGAACGAAGACUGUGAAGAAGGCAGCUCGUGUAAUUAUUGAAAAAUAUUACACGAGGCUGACUUUGGAUUUUCAUACCAACAAGAGGAUAUGUGAAGAAAUUGCAAUCAUUCCCAGCAAGCCUUUGCGCAACAAAAUUGCAGGGUUCGUUACUCAUCUUAUGAAGCGUUUGCGCCAUAGCCAGGUGAGAGGAAUAUCCAUCAAACUGCAGGAGGAGGAGCGUGAGCGAAGGGAUAAUUAUGUUCCUGAAGUAUCAGCUCUUGAACAAGAUAUUAUUGAAGUGGAUCCAGAGACUAAGGAAAUGUUGAGAAUGCUGGAUUUCAAUAACAUUAAUGGACUUCAGUUGACUCAACCUCCCAAUCAAAAUUACGGUCGUCGCCCAUAAAAAUCUCCAUAUUGUAUUACAAUGUUUAAAUAUUAAAAUAUAAAUGGAUCCUAUAUGUGUUUAUUUAUUUCCUGUGUAUUUUGAUCCCAUGUAACCUAUCACAAUUAAAUCGAAAUUGAUUUAAAAAAUUAAUUUGUGAAUUCAAUGAGAAAAGUAAUACUCAUCUUGGAACGUACAUAGUUUAUAGGUUAAUGCAUUAUGAUGAAGCUGGAGGCAGUUUUGCAGCUAGUAUCAAUUUACGUAAUUCUGAGGUAAUUUUUGUUGCCAAUUUACGUGAAUUUACGCAGUUAAAAAAAUAAAAGAAAGCCCAGAAUCGAGUACUGUACUUUUUAGGAUCAUCGUGCACUUCCCCUUCCAUUGGUCUUGGGCUAUGCGGCAUGGUUCGCAAAGCUUUGUUGACGCGCAAGGAUACACUGUGCAGGCAGGUCCUCGACAAUCGCAAUACGUUUCUUGUUUAGUCCUCCGUGCGCCGAGUCCUGCACGCAGCCACUGCUGUGAUCGCAUGGAGAGAACGAACUGUCAGUGCUGGCAGAUUACCCUACCUUUUGGUAUAGCGUGUAGGGUAAUUGAAUUCAUAUAAUGAUAUUGCAAAGAAAAUAAUGGAGUGCCCUCACCUUACUAGCUGCGUGAAAAUUAAUAAUGAUCCACGACAGGAGAAAAGUGAUUUAACAAAAGAGUGGCAAUGUGCAGUGUGUUCAACUACUGAAAGCCCCUGGUUGUGCUUGCAUUGUGGAAUUGUGAAUUGCGGCCGAUAUGUUAAAGGUCAUGCCAAAGAGCACUCUGAAGAACAUGAAGAACAUACAGUUUGUAUGGAUUGUGAAAAUUUUUCUGUAUUUUGCUACACCUGUGAUGAGUUUGUGUCAAAUGACACAGAGAAUGGUUUACUAGAGCAGUUGCGGCAGUGUUUAUGUGAUAAAUAUGAAUCGACUGGUAGUGAAGACAAUAUGUCAUCAACAUCAAAUGAAAACCAAUCAUCAUGGAAAUCAAUAACACUUGCCGCUAAGGAAAUACAAGAAAAUGUUAGAAUGCUUCGCCCUCGCUCAAGGAAGAGAACUCAUCCUACAGAGAGCAGUGAAAACCAUAGGCAUAAAAGGCAACUUAUGGAGAAAGAGAAAACUAGCCCUAAACUGCGAGAGAAGAAAGUUGUUGGACUGAGAAAUUUAGGGAACACUUGUUUUAUGAAUGCAGUUCUGCAGUCUCUGAGCAACAUUCAAGAAUUUUGCUAUUAUUUCAAACAACUUCCUUCAUUUGAUUGUCAAAGAAGUAACGGGAAGCGGGUGUACCAUUCAAGAAGUUAUAAAGAAACAAACGAUGCGUUAAUGACAGAAGAAUUGAGGAAGGUCAUUAUAAGUUUAACUCAGGGUGGAACAAAAGGUGCUAUAUCACCUGAAUCCUUAUUUUUAGUCAUUUGGAAGGUUGUACCUCGUUUUAGAGGUUAUCAGCAGCAAGAUGCUCAUGAAUUUCUGCGAUAUAUGUUGGAUCGUCUGCACACAGAACUUUUGCACCUUUUACCAGACUUCACCCAACAGGAAAGUCCAUACAUCUCUCUUGCCCAGAAAGGAAGAACUUCUAUUGUCACUAGUGUUUUUGGAGGCACUCUUCAAAGUGAAGUUCGGUGUCUGAACUGUUGUACUGAAUCAAAGAAACAUGAUCCUUUCCUUGAUCUCUCCCUGGAUAUUCCAGAAAAAUUUCAGUUUAUCCCCAAGAAAUCUAAAGAGAGUGAAGAAACAUCUCCUCCUUGUAGCAUUACUGAUUGUUUAACAAGUUUUAUAGAAGUUGAAGAGUUGGCUGAGACUGAACUUUACUACUGUAAUAACUGUAAAAGUAAGCAAAGAUCUACAAAACGCUUCUGGAUUCGCAGACUGCCUAAUGUGCUGUGUCUUCAUUUAAAACGGUUUCGGUGGCAUAACUUCUUCCGAACCAAAAUAGACACUCACAUAUUAUUCCCUGUGACGGCCUUGGAUAUGUCUCAUUUUGUUCUCAGCAGUAUGAGAGAUACACGGCGUUCAGGAACUGGGAGUAAUCUUUACGAUUUAGCUGCUGUAAUUGUUCAUCACGGAACAGGGGCAGGAUCUGGACAUUACACAGCAUUUGCAAUUAAUGAUGGUCAGUGGUUCCACUUUAAUGACAGCACAGUGCGUCCUACAGAAGCAGAUGUUGUAGCCAAAUGCAAGCCGUAUAUACUCUUCUACAUAAGACGUGAAUUUCGUCUCCCACAUCUGAGUUCAUGACAUCUUGCAUGCAAGAAUGCUAGUUCUUUAUGCUAUAGCUAGAUACCUUGCAUUUGAGAAUUAAAAUAAGCCUCCUUCACCCUUUUUAAGUGACAUUGGUUCAAGUUUACUUGUGGGAAAGCUUUAUGGGGUGGAGUCUUCAUUUUGUUUUUUCAAAGGGCUUUCCUGUGCUUCAAGGAUCAAAGCAAACUGAUAGAUCAAAGCAUUCCUUGUCCUCUUAUAUUUUAAACAAAUUAUGUGUAAUUAUAAGAAACCUGAAGCUUCUCUGAAGUAUUUAGGUUUUGCUAAUGUGAACAUUUUGUGACUGCAUGUUAAAUGAUGGAUUAUGAUGAAUUUUAUUGAAAGAAGACCCCAUAUAUCCUGUACAUUUGAUGAAUGUCAUGUACUGAACAGAACAGUGAUGUUUCUUAUAUGCUAAAUUGGUGUUGCAUAGCACCCAAGCCCUUAUAGAAACUUAACAAAGUAUCCAUUUUAGAUAUUCUUAAAAUUUGAUGUAUUUCUUGAUGGGAUAUGUAAUUAAUACUGAAAUAUGUGCAUAUAUAUAAACACAUUUAAUCUAUAUAACUUAUUGAACUGAAAAGUUGAUUGGGUCUCCGGUGUCAUGUGGACGAAUACAUACACAAAGCAUUAAGUAGAACGGUCAAUACUAGGGUCUUGCUUCCAUUCAUAUUUCAUCAUAUAUCCAAUUCAAUAGGCUCUUGAGGAAAUCAAGUCUCAAGUGUAUGCUCUAUAAGUGGACUAUAAACUUAAUUAUGAAUGAUCAAAUGAGAAAUUUUGUUGUCAUUUUCACUCUAGCCUUAUUUUCCCAUUCCACAUUAUUUCAACAAAGUGUAUUCAUCUUUUGUAUGGCUAAGAGAGCUCUUUGAGCGUUAAUCAAAAAUGAAAUUGAGUUGUCUAAUUAUUAGCAUUGAAGCUGCAUCUGGAACGUAGCUAUCUAGCAAGCACUUUGAGAAAGAGUUGCAAUAAACUGCAAAAACUGGGUACCUCAGUUUCUGUCACAUUCUGUCCUAUUAAAAGCAAUUUGAAAUUGGUCACUUCACAAUAAAAACACACACACACACACCCUUGUUUCAGUCUCUAAAGUACACAGAGUUGAAACGAUUUGCUACUUAUCAUGAAAAUGGGUGUUAAUGAAUCAGUUUUGCAUCCUGAUUUCAUAUGUAAUUGUUUUUUCACUUUCUCCAUGCUAUAUGCAUUGCCAGUCAAAAGUUUUUGGAUGCUACUAAUAAUUUCAAACCGAGCUAAGUAGCUUAGUGCACUGACUUCGCAGAUAAUGCCUAGGUGGCCCGGGUUCAAUCCCAAAAAUGCAUAUUUACAAUUAACUGAAACAUAUUAACUUUAAAAAAUAAAUAUGUUAAACAGCCUUUUCAUAAAUAAAUCACUGUUGCUGGAAUAACUUU